AUGGUCAACAACGCUACAGCAAUCGAGGCACUUCGAGGCGACUGCCCGCCGCCCUUCUUCGACCAGUCAAAAUUUGGAUUCGGCGGUUUUGUCGAUGGAAGAUUUUGUGCGCCUUAUGGGGCUAAUGGUGUUUGUUGCCUGCCAUGCCCACUGACAGAUUUUCUAUAUCCAGAUAGCUUCAACACUACCUACCAAGUAGCUGAAGCGCUCAAUGUAGUGGGGCUUUUCUGUCUGGUGUUCCUGUUAGUCUCAUACAUCUUCCUUCCAGCCGAAAAGACGCGCCGGCAUUAUCUCAGCUACUGUCUCAUCAUCGCCGCGAUAUUCAUGGCACUUGGCUUUGUAAUACCUUUUGGAGCCCAACCAGAACAGUGCUACGACGAGAUCACUCCCAAUGACAUGUACUCGAGUCUAACGUGCGCUUUCUCGGGAGCGUUUCUCAUCUCUGGUGGUCUAUCAAUGGCGGUUUGGAUCUUCAUUCGUGCUCUCUCCAUGCACCUCCAGAUCUGUUGGGAUGUUACUCCUGGGAAGAGAUUCUUCUACUGUGCACAAGGCUUGGGCUGGUCCGUUGCCGCUGCCUUCUUCACCAUCACCAUCACCAUCACCGGUGUCUCGUUCAGGUUCGGCGAUGUUUGCCACGUCAAUGCUGAGCAUUCGAUGAAAGACUUCUGGGGCCCUUUGCUGGCCAUUGCUGGAGCGGCAACAGUCAUCCAAAUUGGAACAUUCGUAUAUUGCAUCAAAGUCUACCUUCAGAACAUGUUUAGUGACGACAAGACCGAGACCCAAAGCAGCGCAGGCCUUCCCUCGUACACGACCAGCAUUCGGAACCGAUCUGCACGAGCAGUUUACCGGCGUGUACGCAAAGUGCUUUACCUCCAAUGGCGAGGCAUUACGAUCGUCGUCUUUAUCCUUGUAGACGUCAUCUUCUUCUCGAUUGUGUUCAUCUGGCUCAACUCGAUCACUCAGCAUGCUGCUGAUAACAUUGCGGACCUCGCCCCAUUCCUCCUGUGUUUGAUGAAAAAUGCCGACGAGCCGUCACCGUGCUUCCCUCUUGGUCAAGACCUUGCCAUUGACCAGUCUACUGUGACUGCGGUCUUGAUGAUGCUCUCAAUUGCUGGUAUACAAGCAUUCCUGUUGCUUUUCCGAUGGAGCAUGGUGACUGGAUGGCGUGACUUGGUCUUUGGCAACAAAAACCGCGAGUUCGUAUCUUUGGAUGCCAGGAACCCGACCGAAGACAUGCGUCAUUUCGAACUCAAAAAUUUCAACCACCAAUCACCUCCAAAUGCACACAUCACACCGGAGAUUGCUAGUUAUGUCAUGAAUAAUCCCCGGUUCGACACGCCCGAUCACUUUCAAAAAGACAUUCAGCACGAAUACAAGAGCCCAACGCUCAGCUUCUCUAUCCCAAGGACUCAAUCUCGAGCUACCCAUGUGGACUGGGACCCUAGGUCAUCCAUGGCAAGGGGAGGGCUUGGGCUACAUCCACCCGAUUAUGAUUCUAAAAUCUGA